AUGCGGUAUGAUCGAGGUAAAGGUUGUGUUAUCGAAGUUGGCGAGAACAAUGGUGUCGGUGAUCCUCCUCCCCCUUCUCCCCCGACGAAUGUCAGCGCUGUACCGAAUCUGGUACAUUUGAGCUUAAAGAAAAAACCUGGAAGCGGCGCUUUGCUUGAUGCUACUGGUAACGGCGAGCCUAUUAGUGUUCAGGAAAUAGGAUGGGUUGGGGAUAGGCCCAACCCGAGGCGACGAAGUUCAGCUGCUGUGUCUGGCGUAAGUCAGAUUCCGAACGGUGGCGACAGGACCUUGGUGAUGUAG